AUGGAGCAAUCUAAGAAUAUUUCCAGAGUUGAGCAAUCAGUCAAGGCUAUCCUAUUUAGACCUUUCGGGAAACAAUAUCAGUGGGGUAGUACCCCGUUGGAUUCUGGAAUCAACUACAAUAUACCAUCUCAAUCUCUCGCACAACAACCUAAGGUGUUUCGAGGUACCUAUUUCUCUUCCCUAUGGCAUUACCUUGGACUUGCAACAUAA